UCCACCUCAAGCCUCCACCACAAUUACUCAUUCAUGAAAAUGGCAAACUUAUUAGUCAUCUCAUUUAUGCUUUGUCUAGGUAUGUUAUCUACUACUAUCUACAAUGUGAAACUCAUUGCAUGUGCAAGUUCCAAUGGAGUACCAACAAGGUUGUAUGAUUUCAAGGUACAAACUAAAAGAGUUACCAAACUUUGUAACACCAAGGAUAUUGUCACAAUCAAUGGCAAGUUUCCAGGACCUGUAGUUUAUGCACAAGAAGAUGAUAGAAUCAUAGUCAAAGUUACCAAUAAGACACCCUUCAAUAUCACAAUUCACUGGCAUGGUAUCCGGCAACAGUUAUCGUGUUGGUACGAUGGGCCGUCCUAUAUCACGCAGUGCCCGAUUCAAUCAGGACAAAGUUUCACCUAUAAUUUUACGGUGGCAAAGCAGAAGGGAACCUUCUUUUGGCAUGCACAUGUUUCUUGGCUAAGAGGCACAGUUUAUGGUGCAAUGGUUGUUUACCCUAAGGCCAAUGUUCAUUACCCUUUCAAGAAUCCGUAUCAAGAGCACAUAAUCUUAUUAGGAGAAUAUUGGAUAAAGGAUCUCCAAGAAAUUGAGCAUUCAACUCUAGCAAGUGGAGGAGCUCCUCCUAGAGCAGAUGCAUUCACCAUUAAUGGUCAUCCAGGCCCCAACUAUAAUUGCUCCACUAAUGAUGUCUAUCAACUUGAUGUGGUUCCUAGGAAGACAUAUUUGUUGAGGCUGAUCAAUGCUGGUUUAAACACUGAGAAUUUCUUUGCCAUUGCAAAUCACAAACUAACAAUUGUGGAAGCUGAUGCUGAGUACACGAAGCCGUUCACCACGGACACGGUGAUGUUAGGACCAGGCCAAACAUUGAAUGUCCUUGUCACUGCUGAUCAACCCGUAGGGAAAUACUCCAUGGCUGUGGCGCCUUACAAAUCAGGAAGAAUUGUUCAUUAUCAAAACGUUUCAGCAAUUGCUUGCUUAAACUAUUUAGGAGCUGCAUCUAAUAGCUUAUAUUUGCCAGCUAAAUUACCCAAACUCGACGAUAAACUUGCCGUUAAGACAGUCAUGGAUGGAUUAAGGAGCCUAAACCAAGUCGAUGUCUUCAAAGAAAUUGAUAAAAACCUAUUCAUCACCAUUGGAUUGAAUGUUCAAAAAUGCCAUUCAAAGACACCGAAGAAGAACUGCCAAGCCAUGAAUAACGGGGUGCUGGCAGCUUCGAUGAACAACAUAAGUUUUGUUAAUCCGAAUAUUUCAAUCCUGGAAGCAUACUAUAAGAAUAAAAAAGGAUCAUAUACCGAAGAUUUUCCUGACAGACCAUCUAAGUUCUACAACUUUGUCAAUGGCGCACCUAAUAACAUUCCACAUGACACACAGUCAUUGAAUGGGACUAGAACAAAAGUCCUUGAGUAUGGUAGCAAGGUGCAACUCAUUUUCCAGGACACUGGAACAGUAAACAUUGAGAACCACCCAAUGCAUUUCCAUGGCCACAGUUUCUAUGUUGUAGGCUAUGGUACAGGAAAUUAUAACCCUCAAACUGCGAAAUUCAACUUAGUCGAUCCUCCGUACAUGAGCACGAUUGGAGUUCCGGUUGGUGGAUGGGCAGCAAUUCGCUUUGUCGCCAAUAAUCCAGGCGUCUGGUAUAUGCAUUGCCACAUUGAUAUACACCAAUCAUGGGGGCUAGGCAUGGUAUUUAUAGUUUACAACGGAAAAGGGGAAUCCGAGUCCCUACCUUCUCCUCCAGCGGACCUGCCACAAUGUUAG